AUGGCACUGAAGAAUCAAAUGGCUAGGGAAAUUGAAGAGUUGAAGGAAGCCCUUGAAAGAGAGAAGAGGGAAAAGAGGGAACUUGAAGCAACAAGGGAGAGAGAGGAUAGACAGCAGAGAAGGGAGAGAUUGCAACUACUAGCAAGGAUUGAAGCCUUAGAGAAGGAAAGGGAACAACCUAGGAUGGAAGAAAACAAUGAGAAUCUUGAAGCACACAAUGAAAGUGGUGAACAUGAAGAGACUAGGAGGGAUGAAGAAGAUCCUGAGGAGAGGAGGUUAGUGAGACUACUAAAGGCAGUCCAAGGUGGUGGAAUAAAAUGUCAUGUUGAUUUACCUAUAUACCAGGGAAGAAUGGACAGUGAGGAAGUGCUAGGGUGGAUAGAGGCUUUAGAAAACUACUUUGAGUUGGAAGAUACUGAUGAUGAUAAGAAGGUGAGAUUUGCAAAGGCUAAGUUGAGAGGUACUGCUUUAACAUGGUGGAGUGGUGUGCAGGCUGAGAGGACAACAAGAGGAUUGAAUAAGAUUACAAGUUGGGAAAGGAUGAAAGCAAUGAUGAAGGCACAAUUUCUACCAUCUGAUUUUGCUAUACAAACAAAGAGGAUGAGACAAAACUUGAAACAAAGAGACAUGGAUGUGAUGACAUACAUAGAGCAAUUUCAUAAACUGAGCAUUAGAGGAGGAGUAGAGGAUGAAGAUGAAAAGGUAGCAAGGUAUUUGAAUGGGUUGAGAUAUUAUUUGCAGGAUGAGAUUGGGUUGAAUGUUCCACAAACAUUGGGAGAUUGUUUUCAACUUGCAAUAAGGGCUGAUGAGAAGUUGAAAAGAAAACAAGAGAGGCAAGGAGGCACAAGAGGUAGAGGAUCCAUGAGAGGAAGAGGAGGAAGGUCUACAAAUGAAUCACAAGGACAAGACAAUAAGGACAAAGAGUCUACAUCGGAACAAAGAGAUGGUUAUAGCUAUAGAGGAGGAGGUAGAUUUGGUAGUGGAAGAGGAUCACAUGUAUUCACAGGUAGGUGUUACCAUUGUAAUGAAGUUGGACAUCCAUCUUUCAAAUGUCCUAAAUGGGAUGAAGCUGAUAGAGGCAAGGAUAGAAGAGUUCAUUUGACAUUUGAAGAAGAAGACAAGAAAGAAGACAAAGAACCAUUGAAAGCCUAUCCUAUAACAGAGGGAGAUUUUCUUAUGAUCAGAAGAGGUAAAUUGCAGCAACAAACAUCAAAUCAGGUAUCCAUCUUUAGGACACAAUGCUUGAGUAAGGGUAAGAUAUGUAAGUUGAUUAUUGAUUCUGGCUCACAUGAUAAUCUUGUUUCAUUUGAUAUGGUUUCUAAGUUGGGAUUGCAAACAUUUGAUCAUCCUAAUCCUUAUAAUGCCACUUGGGUUAGUCAAGAGCAACAUGUAAUGAUUAGUCAGAGGGCUUAUGUUGAUUUCUCAAUUGGUCCAUAUCAUGAUCAGGUUUUGUGUGAUGUUAUACCUAUGACUUGUGGACAUAUAAUUCGGGGUAGACCAUGGCAAUACUUGAGGAGGACAAUCCAUGAUGGAUAUACAAAUACAUACUUGGUGCAUAAGGGUAGUAAGAGAUAUUGUUUAACACCUUUGCCUUGUAGGGAGAAGUAUGAGCAUAAUGUAAUUUGUUUUGGAGAUAAAAUCAGGUUGUGUGAGCAGGGUAAAGAGGACAAUGAUACCAGUUGGAAGAACAAAACAAAGUUGCAGCAAAAUAGCAGUCUUAAGGAGCAGUAUGGUUGUAGUUUCAAUAGCAUAAGAGUUGGGGGUAUUGAUUGCCCAGUGAUUGAGAAGAGAGAUGUGGUUAAACCUCUGAGUUUGCAGAUGAUAUCAGAUCAGAACAGUGAUAUGAGAAGGCAAGAAGAGGUGAAGACACAAGGUCCUAGACAAAGGACUCAAAAUCAGCUUUUUGAUACUAAUGCUUUUGGUAAAGUGAAUGCAGGUUGUAGUAGGAGGAAGAUUACCUUUGGAGAGUACCUUUUCCCUAUUGAAAAUUAG